AUGAUUGGAGAUAUCGCUAAAGAGCAAGCUUCCGCUCAGCGAGGGCGAGGAAGAGGAGGCGGUCCUGGAGGUUUCCAUGCACAGCCAUCUCAUCAGCAGUAUCAACAGAAUCGUCAGCAACCCUAUCAACAGAAUUACCAGCAGCCCUUCCAGCAACCUUUCCAACAGCCGUUCCAGCAACCCUAUCAACAACAGUAUGUCUCGCGUGAGCAAAUGGUCAGCCGAGAGUAUCGUCGGAUAUCAGGACGGCUCGCGGAGGUGGCUACAGAAGAGGGUGGCGCGGUGGUGGUCUUAUGGUGGUGGAGGACGGUAUGA